GUGAGAUACAGUGAAUUAUUUUAUUUGAGAAAUGGCUCGUACCAAGCAGACUGCAAGGAAAUCGACUGGCGGGAAGGCUCCAAGAAAGCAACUUGCUACCAAGGCUGCUCGUAAGAGUGCACCGGCUACUGGCGGAGUGAAGAAACCUCAUCGCUACAGACCUGGAACUGUCGCCCUGCGUGAAAUCCGUAGAUACCAGAAAAGCACGGAAUUACUGAUCCGCAAGUUGCCAUUCCAGCGACUUGUUCGUGAAAUUGCACAGGACUUCAAGACCGAUCUGCGCUUCCAGAGCUCUGCUGUUAUGGCACUUCAGGAAGCUAGCGAGGCAUACUUGGUAGGAUUGUUUGAAGAUACCAAUUUGUGUGCAAUCCAUGCCAAACGUGUUACCAUCAUGCCUAAGGAUAUUCAACUGGCUCGCCGAAUUCGUGGAGAACGUGCUUAAACGCAAUACGAUUAACAUCUUCGUAUCAAAAAACGGCCCUUUUCAGGGCCAUUAACAUGUCAUACAAGGAUACAUUCUAGGUUCAUAAUAUAAAAGUAAUGUUAGGCAUUUUUUUGAAACAAGUUAUUUCUUGAUUUAUCUAAUUUCACAUUUACAAGAUAUUUUUAUUACUGAAAUUCACAGUAUCAGAAACAGGCGUAACAAAAUAUUAACAAUAGUGACUUCAUUUCUAUCAAUAAAUGCGACGCGUAAUUCUCUUUGAGGUUAUAUAUAUAUAUAAUAAGGCGGGAAACUCCAGCCAAUCCUCUUGUUCCCAAGCGGCGCUUGAGGUUAGCCAACCAAGAAUAAGCAUAACAACGCCAUCUAUUUUAAAACCUGAACAAAGUUGUUGAUAACAGAGA